AGUCAGUAAAUUAAACACCCUUGACUUAUUUAUGUGCCGAUCGCAGCACUAGCAGGGUUAAUUACGCGCUGUUGCAUAUCUGGAUAAUUACAACAGGCGAUCAAUAGACGCUGCCAAGCAGUGACUAGCUGCAGUUGGAGACCUCAUUGCUGCAGGGUUCAAGUAGAAUGUGGUUCUUAUAGCGUGGAAGAGGAGAAAGGGCAGCGAUCGGGGCUUUUACAACCCAGAUGCACAUCGCGCCCCGUGGAUCUCCUGGUGUGCGCUUAGUGGAUUCGCGCGAUCGGUGACAGUCCAGACUGGAGAUUUACACAGGUGCCUUGUUUUUGGAUUAGUGUUGUGUCUUUUUUCUCUCACUGAAAUCGAUAGCGACUUCUGGGGCUUGAAUGUGGAGAGAGGAUCUGCAUGUGUGGUCUUGGUGCAGAUGAGACGCACAGAAGCUGAGCUCUGAAGCCGGGAGAUCCGAACAUGCUGCCGGCCUGGAGGGGGCUCUGCACUGGGGCAGGAGCAGCCCUUUGCUGCCUCCUCGUCUGGAUCAUCUACUCGCACUUAGUCAAAGAAGGUCAGCUGGCUGUGGGUACAUGUGAAAUAGUUACCUUGGACAGAGAUAGUAGUCAACCACGGAGAACAAUAGCCAGACAAACAGCACGAUGUGCUUGUAGGAGAGGACAGAUUGCUGGUACGACAAGAGCCAAGCCAGCAUGUGUGGAUGUUCGAGUUGUAAAGAGCAAGCAGUGGUGUGAAAUGAUUCCGUGUUCAGAAGGAGAAAUCUGUGGUUUAUUAAUGAACAAGUCAGGCUGGACCUGCACGCAGCCAGGUGGUCGAAUAAAAACAAUAACGGAUACAGUGGAGACCUUAGGUGGAAAAGAUGUGAAGAGAAAGAAAUUUCUGCAAACCACAAGAGAAAUUCUUCCAGGUGCACACUCUGAACUGAGUAGAGACGGUCAUGUGAAACAGUUCCAGGCAUCAAGCCCUGAGUACGUGGAUGCAGUGCCACAAGUUCAAUAGUAUCCUUAACAGCAACUGAAUGUUAAAUGUUUAACAAGAUCAACCAUGAUCAUGUUAAAGGAUGUACCAGGUUUGAAAGGCCGAGUGGCCUACCCUUGCUCCUAUUUUGUACGCUCAUACUGGUGUAUAGGUUGCUCACCACCAUCAUCAAUUUUCUCAUCAGUGGACAAUAUUUUGUCUCAUUUUCCAUCUAUACGUUUUCUGCAGAUACUUGGAUACAGCUGGAGCAGUGGACUGCUACAGAAUGAAGCAUCAAAAAAGCAAUCAGCGUAAAAGGACUUUUCCUAAAUGAUUUGUUCCCUGUGAGCUACUAGACCAAGUCAUAGAAUUGGGUACAAUUACAGUGGUUAAAUGACAUUUGGCCAUAUCAGUUUGAGGAUCUUCAUCUUGUUGUGUUGGAGAGGUUUGUGAGCUUGAGAUCCUGAGAGACAGAGUUAGCCAUCUGGUGCUUAGCUCCUGGUAGGGUCAUCCAUAGUCAAGGGGUUGGUUCCAGAUAAAGAACAAUCCAACCAGAGCCGCAGCGGUGGAGCUGGCAUGAGAUGAUGACAGAUCAUAACAAAAGUGAAGGUGGAGGAAGGCUGCAGCAGUGAAGAUUCCCUAGUCAUCCUGCAUUCCAUGCCACUGGACUCUAACAUCAACCCACAAGGACUGUGUGGUAGCUGCCCAUGCAACAGCCUUCAAACAAAAGUCAAUCAAGGUCACACACAGGCAUUCUCCAUUAAGGGAAUCCACUCUAAUAUCCAGAAUGUGGAUCCCAGAUCAACCUCUACAGCUACCUGAGGACUUACCAAUAGACAACCCCUUUGGAGAAGGGGUACUUUGCUUGAAUGACCACAGAAGGAAGGAAAAAUGGUAAGGAUUAGAGAAAUAUAGGCUAAUGAACAGAAAUGGGAAUAGCUCAAGAAUACAGCUUGGCUGGCAUGGAUGAGUUGGGCUGAAAGGCUUAUUUUUGUACUGUAUAACUCUAGGAAGAUAUUCAUCAUAGCUCAGCCUGAUGUUGAAAGAGUGGAAUAUCAUCUGGUUGUGACUAAGGGUGCAUUUAACACAUAGCACUUGUGAGGUUGUGUACGUGGAGUCAAUGACAUUCUGAACCAUGGGAACCCAUGAAUUCUACCAAAACCACAUGCUUUCUGUAUCUUUUGAUCUGUGACAAAAGUAAACAACAUUCAGUUAGCUCUCAGUGAAGGCAUGCCUUUCUUCAUGCUACAAUUAUGGCAAACUGUGUGAUGUGGAUAUUUCCAGCUUAGGUCUCGAAGGAGCAAGACACUUAGAAGUUGCCAUAUUCACCUUGACAAUUUGUGUCUUUCCCUUCCCCUAAUCCUGCAUCAACUAGUACAUCUUAGUAAAUAUGCCCUUAUUGAAGCACAGAUACAGCACUCAUUUCACACCUUGUCUGAUUAGUCUUGCCCUUGUUUUCCCAUGACUGGUUUGCACAGGUGGCUUGAAGUCGACAAACAUUUCUUUGGCAUCUGGCACACCGCUCCACAUAGACUUUUGCAACUGUAGAGGCCAACUGAAAACCUAAAACUCUGUGGAAAUAUACCAGCAGAAAGCAAAAAAAAAAUCUAAGAACCAGUGUGAAAGUAAUUUGAUAGAUCCCUUUGAAUACACCUGGUUGUUGGGAGGAGGUAGCUGGGGGCAUGACCUUCAUGCUGUAAAAUGCAACUAAUUCGUGGAUGUGCAAGAGAACAUUCACUUCCAAAGUAGCAGCAUGAGUCAAAUCAGUAUUUAACAAUUGUUCACUGCAUUCAAUACCUCCACUAGGAUGACAGCAGGUAACCCACAUAUCCUGUGGUUUUUUUUCCCUUCAUAUUCACCCAGGAUCUCUCACUCCUCUUUCUCUAGCUCCCAUCCAAUGUUGUUUCCUUCCCUCAUCUGGGCUGAUCUGCCUUUCACUCACACUACUUAACCUGCUAGGUCCCCUGUCCCCUUCCCUUACUGGUUCCAUCUGCCCAUUAGUCCUCCUUUAACUGGUUCUACUUUGCUUAUCAGAUUCUAGCACCUGUAACUAUUUUGUCUGCACUUCAUUUCUCCACCUAGCUCCUUCUGCCCUUCCACCCCAUCUUCUUUUUCUCUCCCGAUCUAAUUUUCUAUCUAUCGUCCACCCAACUGCUACCUUCCAACUCCACCAUCCCUCUCCUCCUCUACCUGGCUACAUCUGUGCAUCAUCCCCUCCUCAGCUGGAUCCACCCAUCACCUGCCUGCCCCGCACAUCCCUCCCUCUCAUCUCUUUAUACUGACAACCUUCCUUUUGGACUUUCACUCCUGAUGCAGGGUCUUGAUCUGAAAUGGCAAUUAUACCCCUGCUUUCCAAGAUGCUCUAUGAUCUGCUGAGUUCUUCCAGAAGUUUGCUUGUGGCUCCAGCUUUGAGUACAAACUUACUAUUUACUUCUUCCAUUUCCUGUCAUUGAAAUUUCCACAUUCAUGGCAUCAACACUGAUUUAUCUGACUUCCAGUAACUACAUCCCUCUGUACUCACCCCGCCCCCAUUUGUAUUCCCUUAUCCAUCUGGCCCUUCCAUCCCUUUUCUUUCCCCUCAUCUAUCCUCACAAACUGUUCGUCACCUACAGUAUACCUUUCUCCCUCUGGUUCCCCACUUCCUUCCAAUUCUUCUAUGAUCUACCACAAUACACUGCCCUCUCCUGUCUGAUCCCUCCUUCUGCAACCCUUUGUCUCUUCCACCUAUCACCUUCCAGCUUCUCACAUUAUUCACUUUCUCCCCCCUCUCCCACGUUCCCCUCCCCCCCACCACCCCACUGGGUAUCACCAAUCUCCUGCCAGCUCAUGCUCCUCUCCUACUCCAUUCUUCUAUUCUGGCCUCUGCUCUCUUUCUUUCUAGUUGUAAUGAAGGGUCUUGGCUCAAGAUAUUGAUUGUCUAUUUCCCCUCAUAGAUGCUGCCUGAUCUUUUGAGCUCCUCCAGCAUUUUGAAUGUGUUAUUCCAUCUUCUCACCACUGCUGGGGUCAAGAGGUUUUCUCUCAUUUCCUAAGCAGUUUUCUUGCCAACUGUUUCUCACCGAUGGCCAGUAUUUAUGGUGUUCUUCAUAAUCAGAAACACUUUCUCUGCAUUUUUUCAUUUAAAACUUUGCAAAAUUGUAAAAGCUUCUAAUUAGUUAUCCACCUUUCUACUUAGUUAUCCAUUUUUGUCCUUUUUUGAAUGUUCUCACAUAACUAUAAUUAUUCUUGUAAAUCUUCUUUGCACCUUCUCAAGUACCUCAAUUCGUUGCAAUCGUCCUCAAUUUUGAUUAUCUACAAAUCAUUUACAAAUUCAUAAAUUAUGUUUUUAAUUCUAUAGUCUAAAUCAUUCCAUAAAUUCUAAGAAACAAAGGUCUAACAGCCGAGCUUUGUUGAAUGUCACUGUGCAUCUCUCACUGUAAAUUGCUUCCGUGUUCUGCUUUCUGUCUUGAAGCUGGGUUUUUUCAUCUAUCCAUCCAUGUGUAUGCCCAGUUCACGUCUUGGCUAUAUUUUCCUUGCUGAAAGUUGUUUGAAAUUUGAGAUAAAUUAAUUCUUCAUGACUAAUGUCUAUUCUCUAUGUUACAUUUUCAAAACAAAUGAAUAAGUUCGGACAGGUAAGCUUAACUGUUUGAAAUCCAUUCUGAUGAUUCAAUACUAAUAUUUUGUUGUUGCAUUUUCUCUAUUCCUUCCUUUAGUAAAGACUCAUUAUUUUUCUUACCACUUAAAAUAAGCUGACUUUUCUAUAGUUCCAUGGAAAUGAUCUAUUCCUCUUUGUAAAUGUAGGUAUUAUAUUACCUACUGAUCAGUCCUCUGCCACUACAUCUUUUCAACAAGUUAUUAAAUAAAUACAGUAAUGCUUCUGCCCAUCCUACCUCCAGAUAUUUAAAAAAUGCGGAUGCUUUCAAUCUGGACUGGGGUGUCAUCUUCUACAUUAUCCAAUAUAUCCUUUCUUUUCUGCUGUAAAUCUGUUAAUCUCAUCAUUCACCACUUCAUUUAAUAUCAUGCUUUCCUGUUCUAACAACCCCUUAAUUCCAGUAAGAUGACAGUGAACCAGGACACAGUGGCCUCUCCGCGGUCAACCAAAAGUAUCUUUAUCUUUUUUAGAAAGCUUUUUUAUGAUGACACGAUACUGCUGGACAUUAAGAUCUUCAAGUACUGCUGGUCUACAGCAAGUUGCUUGUUAGUGGAGGAGCUGGACUAGGUGUGGAUCUGUCACCUUGGGACUUGAGCUUUAAUAUAUUUUUUUAAGUGACUGUAUUUUUACUGCUAGCUUAUAUGUGCUAUAUUGUAUGUGCCUCGUGCUGUGUAUGGCCGUUGGUACUGUGAUUUGCAGCUUGGCCCCAGAGGAACACUGUUUGUUUGGCUGUAUUCAUGGGUAUUUGCUUAUGGUUGAGUGAUAAUGAAACUUGAAAUUUUGGUGAAAUAUAAUGGAAUGUUUCAUCUCUGUCCUCCUGCUUAUCUGUCUAUUUUUAAUAUACCCAGUACAUGAACACUAUUUUAAUUUGUGGUAAAUAUCUUGAAUAAUGUGGGUCCUGGAAUGGUUUUGGGAUUGAGUAUAUUAAAAUACUCUAUAGUUAUGAUCCUACUUCAAGAUAUUUUAAUUCUGGAUCAUUUUUAUUCUGUUGUCUAAAGUUUCAACUGAACAUAGUAAGCAGUAAUGUAUAAGUGCUAAAUAGGGAGCAUAAUUAUCUUAGAGACACAUGAUCCUUGAUAAAUAUCAUUUAUGGAAAAGUGUUCUCUAGUCAUCCUCAGUUUUCAAGUAACAUCCAGAUUAAAUCCAGAGUGGCCUUUCAUUAAUAGUUAUUGUUUUAAUGUCAUACAUUGCCUUUAUUUGACUCUUUGUGGAAUAUUCUCUGAAAACAUAAUUUUUAAAAUGGAGGAGAUCCAAAAAUUCAAAAAAAAGUUUAGAUUUAUUUGUCACAUGCACAUGAAAACAUAGUGUGCAAUGCAUCAUUUGCGUCAACAAUCAACAUCGUACAAAUACUGCAAUAUGAUUGUUUCCAUUGGGGUGAGGCUUCUAGUGUUAUAUACAGUAUAUCAUUGUACUUCCAAACUGCGGUGGCCACUGGUUCCACGCCAGUAUUGACAGAUUGUUCAAUUUGCCUGUCAUCAACAGGUUUAUUAUAUCUCUGUUUUGCCACUACAGAACACUCAACAAUAGCAGACACUUCACUGCUUGGAGUAGAGAAAGCUGCACAUCUCAGCAACUGUGCAAUAGUCUGCUGAUGGUUGAUUGAAACAAACACAUUAAUCCAAGAAAGAACACUUUGAGUUAUAUUUCGAAUCUUCAAAGGGACAAAAAUGUCCUCCACUGAAUUAUUAUGUGAUGAAUCAAGUAUUUAUUUUUGCUAUGGAUAAAAGGAAUGUCUUUUGUCUUAGCUAAUUAGCUCUAAAUAUCUUGCUGGUGCAGGCGACUCUUGUUAAUAGUCAUAUAAAAACUUGGCUAUCACCUUCAAAACAUGUUUAAAUGUUAAUGCAAUAAUAUACAAUUACAAUGCAUAUUUGCCCCCUCAGCAUAUGACAGAUACAGUUGUAGCUAAAUCUAAUCUAUAUGUUCACCAUUACAAUAUACAAUCAUGUCAAUGGUUGCAAGAUCCUAUUAAAUUAGUCUGUAAAUGUUAUAGGUGCAGAGUUACAUCUUUUCAUAAGUAAUAGUUGGAAAUUUUAGUAGAAAUUGGAAGGAGACAGUCAUGAAAGUAAGGCAGAAAAAAUAGCACAAAAUUCAUUGGUAUAUUGAUUUUAGUUCCACUUCAUCGGACCAUGGAGAGUCUCUCACAUUGUUGGGAAGAAAGUUGAUUAGAGACCCAAGAAAUGGUGUAUUGUAACUGCACUGAGUCCAGUGAUUAGGGCAGUAGGUGUCAAUAAUAGUCAAUCCUUCAGCGUGCAAAAAUAACAGCCAGAUGUCCAAACUAUAAGCUGUCGCUUGUUGAUCAGUGAUACAAAGACUGCCAUAACAUUUUCAAAACCGUCAGUGCAACUAAUCUGUUUAGUUAAUUAUUUAUAUCUACAUUGUCACUUGGUCAUAAAUUAACACAUCAGUAUUUGAGGUUAUAUUCUGCUGACUGAACUCAGGAUAUAUAUAUGAAGAUUGAUUCUUACAGUGUCUGAGGUUAUCACUUUUUUUGAAUGAAAACAUUAAUUUUAAAUUUACUUUCUUCCCAUCUCUUAUUUUUUUUUUUAAAAAAUUCCUUUCCACUAUGUGUAUUAACGUCAGUCACAUGGAAAUCUGUUCCCAAUCAAAUUAUAUCAAUUAAGGUUUAAGUUGUAAGAUAAUUUUUUGCAAAAACUAUUCUAAUGAUUUGAGUAUCUAAGGAAAGUUAAUUGAAAUUCACAUUGUUCCAUAUGCUAAUAGGCAUGAUAUGUGCAUGGCACAAAUGAGUUUUGACUUGAAAUGUUGAAAAAACACUUAAUAGUAUUCAAGAUAUACUGUAUAUAAUGGAAUAGAACUCUAGUUCACUUCAUCAGAAUGUGUUGCAUGACCACUGAUACUUCUGAAGUUUCUAGAUUGUACAAUACAAUGGGAAUCAAGUUAUUAGCUGGCAGUUUGUGAACAAUUUGCAUUAAUUUCAGUUCUCUGACUUUCAUUCAGUUGUACAGUAUAUCAUUAGUUUUCCCAUGAACUACUGCAAAUAAGCGAUUUCAGAUUUUUUAAAAUUAUUUGUUAAAAUAAAUCCAUGUAUUUAUAAAAAAAGAUGUACUUUAAUUAUUACACCUAAAAUGUAUUUAUCUCAAAAUAUGUUUUAAAUCAAUUUCAGCAUUUUAACCCAAAAUAAAUUUCAAACCAUUGC